AUGAAGUGGUUGUACUUUCUCAUCGUCGUGUUAACGAUUGUAUAUGCGGAUACUUGCGAUCGUUUUCUUACUGAACAUUGUAUCGACAUUCCCUUCGGAUUCCGAUCGAUAUCUCAAAUGAAAUGUUUGCGACUGAUUCCAGCAGAUUUUGAUAUAUCAAUUGCUUAUUCAGUAAAAAAUUAUAUCAUCAAGAAGACAUCGAAGUGUUAUGAUAUUGUCUCAUAUGAAUCACCAUCGAAUGUUCUCUUCUCGAGUCGAUGCGAAGAAUUAUGUCCAAGAGAGUAUUGUAAACUGCUUAGCAAUCAACCAAAUACAUCGAUUAUCAAUAUUUUCUAUUCCGAAUCAUCAACAUAUGACGUAGCCAAUCAAGCAGCCGAUCUGUCGUAUGACUAUUUCUUGUUUGAUUCAUGUUCUUCGGACAGUCGGCAGAAUGUCAUCUUGCGUAUUGUGGUCUUUACUCUUGCAGGAGUUAUCGGCGUCUUAACCAUCAUUGUUGUUACAGGCUGCAUCGUUGGUUCACUACUAAAAGAUAAGGACAUAUUUAGUUGGCGAUGGAUUCGAGAUCUGUUUUUAUGUCGAUUAUGGAGAAAAAAGAAACAACAAGAAGAAGAAGAUUUUUACCCUUCUAACAAUAAUCCAAUUCCAGUUAAUAUUAAAAAAGACUCAAAAGUUUCUACUGACCUACCGACGAUUUCAAAGACCGUGAGUCCAUUAAUCAGAUCUCGUCAGAAACAAAAGGCUGAACCACCGGUUGAAGACGAGAAGAAGAGCGUACCAUCGAAUUUCAAUAGAAAUUUACCACAAGUUCAUUCUGCCAUUAGUCAAGACAUUUUAGAUGGGAAAAUCUCAUCAAUAAGUAUUCAUUGUUAA